GCGCGGGUCUCCCGCCUAUGACGGUUCGCGGAUUUGCCGGGAAAGCAGCAUGCUGUCCCGGUGAAAAACUACUUUGACACAGCUUUCAUCAGUUUCCUUCUGUUUUUGCUUUGCGCAAGAUUAGAGUAGGUUUUUUCGUUUUUUUUAUUUCCAGCGAUUUCCACCGUAUCCCCACGUUUGUCGUCCGCCGUCACCCACUGCUGUUUUUCCCCCGUCCAAGUUGCGUGUCUUUUUCUGCGUCUGGGUUGCACGUUUUUUUCUCCGCACUUCUCUUAUUCCUGCCCCCCCAAUUUCUUGAUUGGGUCUGUUGCUCUUGGGUCUCAUGAUUGUCCUUCACGCGUCUCCUGAUUUAUUGUUUCCCGUCCGGAGCCUCCUCAUACAUCGUUUCGUGUAUUCCGUUCCGGUGUUUGGGGCCCCGUUGGUCGUCUGUCUCUGUCGCUCGCACGCCUUCCCCUCUGAAUCUCUCAGCUGGCCUUCUGCCCUCGUUCUCUCCCUUUUUUCACGACGGGCCGUUUCUGUCGAUUCCGGGAGCUCUGUCGCUGGGUUCUUUUUCUCUCGACAGCGACCUCCCUAGAACCUCAGGAAGCCUGCCUGCUGUCGGGCUCCCCCGCUUUGCGUGCCAGUCUCUCGGGAUCUUUCCGUUGCUCUGACCUACCCCUUCUCUGACACAGAUCCGGUCCCCAUUUUUAACAAUUUUCUCCUUUCUCCGCUCCGCCUCGACUUCACGAUUUCUGCUGCCAACUUCUUCACUGUUAUCUUUCCUACGAUGGCGCCCCCCGGCGGCCAGACUCCCCGGCAGUUGAGCGCUCCGCCGUCUUCUGCUGGCAAGCCGUGCUCUUCGAACUACCAGAUUGUUUUGCCUGGCGAGCAGGAUCAAUGGAAGCCAGCGACACGUAAUCCCUUUGUCAGGCUCUUUGGCUUUUUUCUGCGUCGCCUGCAGACGCUGAUGGGCCCCGUGGAAGAUACCCCUGCGAUUCAGGCCGCCAAGAUGCAGCAGCGCCCGUGCCAGCUUAACCGCUUCGUGUUGCUGGCCGUAUACUUCGUCUAUGCGCUUCUCACCGCGCGUGUGUACUUCGCCUGGCCGAACCUGUCCAAUCUGCUCUUCCGGAACGACGCGUACAUCUGGUUGUGCAGCGACAACGAACCUGACAUGCGUCUGCCCGAGAACGGCGAACGCCGCUACAAGUGCGAGGCCCAGAAUUCUGAGGUUGGGAAACUGUUUGUCACUUGCCUCGCCUUCGCCUUCUCCUGUUCUCUCGUCGCGGGCAUUCUCCUCGACUUCCUGGGCGCAAAAGUAACCGCCAUGAUUGGCCAACUCUGCAACUUGCUUUCCUGGGUUCUCCUAGCCUUCGCUGGAGAAGGCUGCGAAACGUACUUUCCCGCUUUCAUCCUUAUGGGUGUCGGGUCGGACGUCGGCUACCUGCCCCUCCUCUCAUCCGCCAACUUGUUCCCUGGACAUGAAGGGUUGGUUAUUGCGUUGCUGGGAGCAGCCAAAAGUGCCAGUUUUGCUAUGCCGACCAUUCUGGACGUGACGGAGAACGGUGCUGACAACAUACACUUGAAAGAAGUGUCACUCGGAUACGCCAUUUUUGGACCAGGCGUCUGUUGUCUAUUGGCGAUCUUCCUGGUUCCUCUGCAAGUUUUCAAGCCAUGGAAUGAAUUCGUGGGGCUGGAGGAGGAAGACCAGCCACACCCGCUAGUGCGCGUGAACGAUUCUUUUGCGUCUUACGGCGCACAUGCGUGGCGUGACAGUUUCUCGAGUUUCCAGGAAGUGAAGGACUGGAUCCACCAGCACCACAUCAACACGCCACUGGAGGAAAUGACGACGGGGCAGCUGCACCAUCCCUCGUCUCCUUCGUCCCUCGCGCCCCCACCACACCACCUCGGCCCGCAGCAUGUGGGCGCGGCCGCCGUCGGAGGCGUCUCGGGCUCGCUAGCUGGGCCCGCACCGGCAGCGCAGCAGGCCCGGCACUUCGCGGACACCUCGCCGGAGGCCCAGAGCGUCCCAGCGGACGACGCCUCGCCCCUGUCGGGUGCGAAAACCACGCCUGUGACUCCACCUCUCGAGAAGGUUGCCUCUGGCGACACGGUUGCGACGACCCAGGUGCUCUCGGUGGUUCCGAGUACCGAUGCGGAGAAGGAGACUAAGGAGAACACCGGAACUCUGUCCGCGUCGCAGUUGCUGGUCACCUCGCUCCCGCCGAUCGCUGCGAGCCGCGCAGGAAGCGUGUUCGGCGCCUCGGACGCCGACAUCGUCCACUCGGGACCGUCAUUCUCUGGCCUUCGCGGCGGAGCCAUGGAAGAGGAGAAACCCGCCAACUUCUGGUCGCAAGUCUUCUCCAAGUACGCCUUCGGCAUCAUCUUCUACAGCGUCCUGAAAGCCAUCAUGUACGCCUUCUUCACCACUGGCGGCGAAAACCUCCUUGGCAAACAGGUCAACGACUUCAUGGGUGCAGCGCUCCCCUUCUCCUGCCUCCCGUGCUUGGUUUUGGGGAAGGUCGUCGACACCGUGGGAAUCAUGCCAGCUCUUUUGUUGUUGAACAGCUUCAUCACUCUCGCCUACGGGUUCUCGAUGAUUGACAGCACGUUCACGGCGUAUCUGGCGGCGAUUUUGUACAUUUGCUACGUCUCGUUCUAUUCUUCUCAGAGCUACUGCUACGUGUCCGACACGUUCUCGUCGUGUCACUUCGGCAAGCUCGUUGGAAUUAUCCACAUGAUUGCUGGUUUUCUUUCGCUGCUGAAGAUUCCGAUGCAGUCGCUCGUCGUCCAUGUUUUCCAUUCCGAAUACUUGUAUCCGUGCCUCAUCAUGCUCGGCUUCUGUCUAUGCAACUUCAUCGUCCUCUUCUGGCUUGUGUACUUGAAGCGCAAAGAUCCCCACCCCUUCUGGUCGAAGUCUGCACGCGACGCCGUCAAGAAGGAGCAGGAGCGCCAGGACGCAAUGAAGCGGGAGAGAAAGGAGAAGCGCAUGCAGGAAAAAGAGGCUAGAAAGAGAGAGAAUGAGGGGAGACCGGCGCAUGCUGUCGAGAUGGCCUAGCGGGACAGGAAGACUAGGAGAAAGCGAGGUGAAGCAAUGGGUAACAGAAGAAAGGAGCGAUGACGCAGAGGAAGCGUGUGGAGAAGGGAUGGAGACACGUGAGAGGCGGAGCGAACGAAACGGAAUUAAGACAAGAUAUAGCAUCCACGAGAGGUGAAAUAAAGCCCCUCCGCCGGAGGCGAAAAUACAAUUCGGGUCGGAAGAUCGACAAACCCUGUGAUAAGCAGGCAACGAGGAAAGACACAGACACAUGGAAAAUCGAGCCGUUCUACCUUUCCUCGUCGGCUUCGCCCAACAGUCUUGGACUGUGUGACUCUGCUCCUAUAGGGGAUUUAUGUACUGCAUGCGUACAGAAACAUACGCACGUGUGCACAUAAAUGGAGUUGUACGGUUGUGGUUGGGACGCAUUUCUGUCACAGAGGCAGUGCGCGUUUUUCAGUUGAUUUGCCGCUGAUGUGUUUUUUCUUGAGUAUUUAUGUCCCUGUUGGCGUGCUAAGCGCUGCCAUGUGCAGCCAGCUGCAAGGGCCGAAGGUUGGGCGCGUUGUUGCCACGUAGUCUCCUUCGGAUGUUAGGGUGUGUAUAACAAAAAAAAGCAAGGGACGAGUGGACAAAAGAUAUCGGGAGAAUGGGGGCUUUUUCGCCCGUUGUCUUUUGUACACCAAGUGCUUCCCGGUAGUCCGUAGUCUAUAGUUUCAUCGUUCCGGAUCCCAGAUGCUAUGUUGUUCUGGCGUCAUAUAUCAGCUGCUUCUCCGGUCUCUUUUCCGCCCGUCUGUCUCUCCGUUAUUUUCUCACCACGACGCGGCGCAUGCCCUUGCAUGCAGACGCCCCGGGAGAGAAAUGUGGACUGGGAAGAAGGGUGGCGGUCUCGAGGGAGUGGGGCGUUGCGGAGGGGUGAUGAAACAGCUUUGCCUCACUCCUGCUUUUGGCCCAUGAGACGGUUGCUUCGCUGAGAGUCAGCGAUUCCUAAACAGCUCAAGAGGGACCGAAUUGACCGAAGAGAAUCUCGACGCCUCGGUCUUCACUGUACAUAAGGAAAAGUAUGUGCGGAAUAAGGUGGACAGUAGAGUACGGUUGUUUAGACAGAUCAGUUUCGUAAUCAUGAGUUUUCGUCUUACCACGCUCGCCGUGUCCGCGCCGAAAGCUACGCUGAGAGAAGGGCGAGCAGCAACUGGUGGAUGCUGUGUUUACACCCAGGCAGAGUCAUCCUGGAUGCACCAAGAAGGCUGGGAAGCGACAUUUCGCUCCCUUCUUUUCUGUAUGCGUUUUGCGUGUUCCCGUUUAUAAAGAACGUUUACGUAGGUGGCGUCUACGGUCCACUCCGAUUUGACUCUCCUAUCUACGCUGUGUCCUUUGUUGACCAAACCGAGAGGGCGAAGCGCCCAGGCUGACAGGGGAGAGAGAAGGAGUGAUCUUCUCUCUGAGUUUCUGACGCACUCGGGUCAUCUUUAUGUAAGACCCGAAGAGCCUCCGUCUUCGUUUUUGCGUGUCGUGUGGCGGCCACACACCGGUUGAUGUGCGUGCGUGCCUGGACUACAUGUAUGGCUUGUGUGUGAAAAAGCAAGAGACUUGUGUUUCUAAUUCGUGUCUUUUGAACGCGUUCUCCGUCGCGUCCUAGUGAAAAGGAGAUCUGCAUCUGCGGUCAGUCCUCGAACCCAAGGUUACGG